UAUAGAUGUGCGUUAAAAAUAUGUGUCGCAGGCAUAAUGGAAUUUCUGUUCAUGGUUGAAUAAAUUUGGAUAAGCUUUUAUUGGAAGGUUUCCAAAAUGAAUUUAAAUCAUCAAUAUCUAAAAAUAAAAAGUUACAAAUAAAACUCAGCAGCUAUGGGUACUUUGUAUGAAUGCCUCAAAGAAGCAAAACUUGAGAGGUACUACCCUUCAUUUCGUUCACAUGGAAUAACGAAAUCUGAAGCAUUGACUAGACUCACUGUGAAUGACUGCUCAGCAUUCGGAAUCAAUUCGGCUGAGGAUAAAAGACGUCUUGUAGAGCUUAUAAGUAUUGUAAAGGCUGUCCAUAACACUGAGAGGGAUAAUUAUCUCUCUGGUGCCAAUGCAAACAAUAGGAAUGUACAAAGUGUGAAAAAUAAUUCCCCAAGGAAAAGAAACAGAAGCCCAGCACAGACUCCAUUGCAGGUUGCUGGGAGGUCUUUAGCCGCUACUAAUGAUGUAAGAGUAAGGGAGAGGUCAAAUGCCAGUGCUAGCAGCCACCAUCUUUCCCCUGGGGCCUUGCUAGAUCUGCUCUCAGAUGACAAUACAGAGUCCUCUGGAACAGACUCAGGGGAGGAUCAUUCAGACUAUGAGCCAGCAGUGAAACAUAGCGUGUCAGCCUCAGCUGUGAGAGAACUGCCCAGAAGUGUAAAAAAAGCUCCUGUAGAGACUGUGAGGCAUGGGGCUGGCUAUAACUAUGGUGUACCAGGUGGAGGCUCCUCAGCCACAAAGGUUAAGGCCAAGCCUGGGUCCAGUCGACUCAAUGUGGACAGGAUCAAGGUGUGUGUGAGGAAGAGGCCUCUGAGCAAGCGGGAGUCCAGGCUAGGGGAGGAGGACAUGGUGCGGGCAGCCAGUACCACCACACUGAUUGUGUCCGAGCCCAAACAAGCAGUGGAUCUUACGGCUUAUACAUUGGAGCACGAGUUCAUAUUUGAUGAAGUGUUUGAAGAGAGCUGUUCUAAUGAGGAUGUGUAUAUACGGGCUGCCAGGCCGCUUGUUAGCUGUGUAUUUGAGGGAGGAAGUGCCACAUGCUUUGCCUAUGGCCAGACAGGUGCGGGUAAAACCCAUACCAUGAUUGGUAACCGUGAGGUGCCAGGCCUCUACCUGCUGGCUGCCCAUGACAUCUUCUCCAUCAUUGGUACGGGCCAGUACGGGGACGGCAUUAAGGUGUGGGUCAGCUUCUUUGAGAUCUACUGCGGGCAGCUGUUUGAUCUUCUCAACAAGCGAAACAGGUUACACGCAAGAGAGGAUGGGUCACACCAUGUAUGCAUAGCAGGCCUCACAGAAACAGAGGCGACAGACGAGCAGUCGCUGAUGCAGGUGCUUGAGUAUGGGAACUCCGUACGGAGCAAGGGGGUCAGCGGUGUGAAUCCAGACUCGUCACGCUCACACGCCGUACUGCAGAUGGAGAUCAGGGACUCUACAGACCGCAGGCUGGGCAGGAUUUCGUUCAUAGACCUGGCUGGGAGUGAGAGGGCUUCGGAUUCAGGGGACACAGACAGACAGACACGCAUGGAAGGGGCAGAAAUCAACCAAAGUUUACUGGCAUUGAAGGAAUGUAUUCGCUCGAUAGACCAGGAGAGUCGACACAAGCCGUUCCGCCAGAGCAAGCUGACUCAUAUCCUCAAGGACUCGUUCAUGGGGAACUCUCGCACGUGCAUGAUUGCCAACAUCUCCCCGGGUAGUGGAUCAUGUGAACACACGCUCAACACCCUACGCUAUGCUGAUAGGGUGAAGGAGUUACGUCGGUCAGGUCAGGGAGGUCAGGCCGGUCUGCCCCCGCCCCCCUCCUCAGUACGGAGCAGUGCCAAUGUGGCCAUGUCCAACAUCCUGAUGAACAUCCCAGCCUCUGCACCCUCCAUCUUCCAGCCGUCCAACAUCCUGUGCUCCUCCACUCCCAUGAGACAGAGUACCAAGCAGUUUACCAAUCAGGGCUCGAACUCGGAGCUUAAUCUGGACCCUAGUGAGACUCCGAUUAGAGGACCUGGUGCUCGGGCUAGAAAGACUGCCACUGUUGCAGCUAGAAACGAAUCUCGAGCAGUUUCUUCAAGUGUUCGAGGGAGUUCAGCUGAUUCCGUUUCUGUUUCGCAUUUGUCAGCUACGAAACCUGUGAUUAAGACACCGAUGACUAGACAUUUUGCACCCCAGGUGGUGUCAAAUGUGGCGAGUAAUAAACAGAAUCAGUCCUCUAACAGUGAAUCGGAUCAGACCGAUACAGACUCAUGUAAUGUGACUGGUCCCCAGAGAGCCACUGCUAUUGCAAACUUUCAGCAAAUGAAAAACCAAGAUAAUAAUUUUACAGCAAAAACUGAUAACAGUGGUAGAAAAAUUGUGUCGUCUAGUCAAUAUAUUCCCCCGGUUGUUAAGUCUUCUGACACUGAUAAUGAUUUCCCAACAACAGAUUUCAACAAUGAGGAGGAGUUGAAUGAUUUGAAUAGGACUGCUGGCAAGGGAGCAGUAGCUGCAAGUGUUCCUGCAUUUCCCAUUGGCAUAUCAAGAGGGAAUGGUGCUUCAGGGGUCAGCCAGCAGCCCACACCGAAUAGUGGCGCUUCAAAUCCUAGUAGGGCAGCAUCUAAAAUGUCAUCUGUUUCCGCUAGUGUUCCUCUACUUAGGAAAAAGAUUUACUCAGAAUCCUCAAAUCAGAACCAUCCAGAUGCUGAAGAACAGAAUGGCCUAAAGCAAGCUGUUGGAGCUGCAUCACAGGGUAUAGUCCUGAAUUCUGAAUCAGGAUUAGAUACUGGUUCUGGAAGAAACUUAAGUACAGGAGGUUCUAGUAAUUCUAAUCAGAUAACUAGAGAUGCCUCUAAAGGAAUGGCGCUAUCCUCAGCCAAGAAAAAAGACAUUGAAACAAUAAGCAAUGCUCCACAAAGACCGCAUCUAAGAAUUCCGUCUCCAAUGUUGGACACACUUGAUGAUGACAGAUUGUUUGAACCGGGCUCCAUGGACCAAAGAAUGUGGACACCUAGAACACCCAUUGAAAGUGCUGGCACCCAGCCAAGAUUUCCUCAAAAUCCCUCCUUGCAGCCUGAAAUUCCUGCAGUUUUGCCAGCUAAGAGCACAGAACUUGCGUCAUUCUCGCAGUCGCCCCGUUUCAAUCUGAACAAACAUCAGCAUACUCCAGCACCAGUGCCUGUGCAGCAAGGGUUCCGGCCUGAGCCAAUCAGAACUGUGACUAGAACAACCUCUGAUAAUCAUUUGCCUCAGACACAAACAAAUAAUUUUAAAGAGAAAGAUGUUAAACAAUCUGAAUCUAGUCCUGCAGAGAAGUCGUCACAUGUUAUUCCUAAGCAAAGCAGUAAUUACUUUCCUAGUAAUAAUACUAAAUUAAAAGAGACUGGUUCACAAAUUACUUCAGUUCAGAAUCCUGGAAAUAAUAAACAGGAGCAGUCUGCUUCAGCAAGACCAUCUAAGGGGCCAAUUAGCGCCAACUGGUUUGACACGCCUGCCGAUCAUGAUACGCACAUUGCAUUAUCAACAAAAGACAGACGAUUGAACUCUAAUGUUAGUGAUGAGACUUCAUCUUUGAAGAGUGAUAAAGCAUCUGUAAAGAGUGACAGGGAAAGCCUAGGCUUAAAGGCUGAAGGUGAUGAGUAUUUACCGAUACAAAGAAAGAAUGACCGCAAUAAUUCUGCACAUAGUGACAGUGGUAUUGUGUCAGUGGCCUCAGACAGUGCAUUGGACACAUAUAACAGGUUUACACAACCAAAUCAAAUAAGCAAGAAUGUGAGAGAAAAAAGUAAAAGUAGUUACCAUUUUUCUGAUUUUGCGAGACCAGGUUAUUUCAGUGACUCUGCAAACAGAAAUGAAUUUUCCUCUGAACCAAACAGAGUAUUGCAUUCCCCUGUAACGACUCGCCAGACAAACAAUGGUUCACCAGUGAUUAGGGAAUACAUUUCCCAAUCACCCGUACAAAAUGGUGAGAAAUCAAUAAAGCAGGACCGGGGAGGUACCUCACAGACCAAUGGUGCUAAAGUGACCCCAGAUAUACCCUCCGAGGGGUCCAGCCAGGGUUCUAAUGGGGCAGUGAAGACAGAGAAGCUUCAAACUGGUGCAUGUUUCUCCCCAAUCCAUCCCCAGCCGGUAACUGCUAACAAACCGGCAAAAUCUAGUGCAGCACUGAGUAAGGAUAUUCUUCACCCUACGCCACAAACAGCCCAAGCCGGGGAGAAACGAAGCGUGCCACAAAGAAGUGACAGUGCAGAAAGCGCUACUAUGGAUCUUAAGUCACAGCUGAUUACCUCCCAUGAAGACCAGCUGGCUGCAGUUACUUCCCUUUGUAAGCAAGAAAUGAAGCUGCUGCUGGGAGCCAAGGCAGGGAACAAGUCUUUCAACAACUAUAUGGAAAAAGUGAGUGAAAUUUUGUCACAGAAGAUGGCGGCCAUUCAGCUUUUACAAGAUCAAAUUAUUGCCUAUCAGCUUAGUACUCAGGACAGUCAAUAGGUUUUAUUAAACACAAUACAGUAUGUCAGUGUUCAUGCUACUAUAUGUGAUUAUGCAAGCACAUUUAUUUAAUUUUGAGUUCAGAAAAUAAGUGUGAUUGAGAACACAAGAAUUGUUUUAAUUUCUGUAAAUCAAGAACCAAUUGUAUUUAUAAAUGUACUGAUAUGUAUGUUAUGUGAGUGUAAAUUGACAGCAAAUUAACUGUCAAAACUACAACAACAUGAGCAGCAAAAAAGGCUUAUAGAAAAAAUGCAUGGGUUGUUUCUUUGAUUUGUACCUUUUUGUUUUGGUUAUGAGGAAAUACCUGAUAUUAAUUCAAAACCUUCAAGAUUAUUUGCCAUGAUCAUUCCAACAUGUGUGCUUAUUCUCUCCUCAUUUGUGAUAUAUAAGAGUUGUGAUAAAUUGUAUACAUAUUUUAUGUGUGUAAUGUAAGCAAAUAUUUUUACGAAUUGAACACCAAUAUUGCAUUUUAACUGUGCUAGUAUCAUAUUGUAUUUUAUAGCUUAUUUUAUUUAUUUAUCACAUUGAAUGAUACUCACUUUUCUAUGUUAGGCCAACACAAAUUAUGCCUGCUUCUGAUGAUAAGCUCAACCCUUAUGUUGUCUUGUAAUACAAUUGUGAAUGAAAAUAUAUACUCAAUUAAAUGUCUAUAGAUUCAAGAUAUACCUUAGAUAAACUUGAUGAUUGGGACCAGUUAGUGAAAAUACAAUAUGCUUAGUAAUUGAUGUGAAAAAAACAACAGUUUAACUGUUGCAGGUAUUUAAAUUAAACAUACAAAUUGAAAUGCUUAGUGAGAACUAAAAAAGAAGUCAGUCUAGUCUGUAGGCCUACCCAAUAUUGUGUUGAUGUCACCAGAACAAUACAUAUUUGAAGUAGGGCGUGGGGGAGGGCUUAUUUGCUUAGGAUUUAUACAUGUAUUUCUUUAGAGUGUAUAAUUUUGGGUCAUAGAACAUGCAGAACAGUUGUGUUUGUGCUUCAGGAAAAUAUUUCCGUCCAUACUUGAAAUACAUGUAUGAAUGAUUAGGUCAUUCUCCAGGGAGAACAUGUUCAUAUUAUGCCAUAAUUACAAAUGUAUAAUACUGUCUCGAUAGAUGUCAAUGUCUGAAUUAGAUUUUAAGUGUAAUUAAUUGACAAAUAUUAUAUUAAUUUUCCCAUUUUAUGUGGUUACUACUCAAAUGCUUAAGGGAAAACAGCUGUUCAAAUGCAUAAGUAUCUUUACACAUACUUUCUGAACUAGAGGUUAUACAAUAGGACAAACAUUAUACCUGGGCAUGCUGUUGAUUUAUUUUGAAGAUAUCAGUAGAUACAUCACUGAGGUUUUACGUGAAGAAUUAAGCAUUGCAUUUAUUAGAAAAAAUGUGUAUAUAAUUGUUCAAUGUGUAUACUGUACUAGUAGCUUUUCAUAUAUGAGCUGCUUCAUGUGAACAUUGGGGUUUAUGCCAUAUGCAGCCAGCACAGCUCUAGACCAUUCUGCACAGAAUUCAUUUUUUAUUGGCUGACAGGUAACAUACUGAACAUAUUGGUGACUGCACAGCUUCUCUCACUGCAUAUUGCAAAUACUAUUUUCAUAUGAUACAGGUCAUAUGAUGAAUUAAUCCAUGUUGUUCUUUACCUUGUUGUCACACGCUAAGUGUGUGGGGGAGGGGGGUUAUAAGCUUUCAGAUAAUGUGACAUACAAUUUAUUUAUUUAUUUUGACAUACAUGUUUUUAUAAUGGUACGGAUCUAGUAUGUAUUUCUUCCCAAUGCAAGGAAAGAUUUCAAAAUACCUUUGCACACAUUAUAAUCUAUAUGAGACAGAAUGUCAGGCACAAAAACAUACAUGACUUCAAUAUAAAUUCAUACUUCUUUGAUGUGAAAUGGGGCUUAUCUUUUCUACAGCUAUCUUUUGCAUGUUAAAAGACAAUGAACUUGUGUAGAGCCAUACGAGUCCCUACGUAGCUUGCAGGCACCUUAUAGUAAUACACAGCACUUAUUAUCAAAGCUCUUCAUAUAUGUCCAAUCAAUUUGUACCACCUUAUUAGGUAGCCCUAGCGUAACAAUGCACAAUUCAUCUUGUUAAACAAAUUUGUUUAAGUAGUAUACACUUCAAGUUCAGUGUUUGAUUCUGAGGAUAGACACUUUGUCCAUAGAAAUUUAUAAUUUUAACCCGUUUGCUGGCAAUGAGAUUUAUAUAAUGUUUCAAACAGUAACCUAAAGAAAACUUGUAUAAUUUUAUUUGUAAUACAAUAAACGUUAAACUCUGUCAAAAAUCAACAGCCCUUAAUUGUUUUUUGCAAUUAAGAAUUGCUGUUUGUUGCAAAAUCAACAAAAUUAUUAACAGGAUUGUUAAUGAAUAAACAUUACAAAACUGGAAUAUAUUAUAUACGAUGUAUUGAAUUGUGUGGUUUUACAAAUAAAAUAUAUAUUUAGAUUUGGUAAUGUGUUUGUCUUAGUAGCUUAGCUUAGUAGCUAAAAUUUGCUGUUAUGAUCACUUACAGUUGUAGGGAAAUCUUGAAAUUGGUAGCAAUUUCAGAAAUUAAAAUAGAAAAAUA